AGCAUGAAAACAACUCUGCUGGGAUUAGAGGCCGAGGUGAGUCCCACCUGGUGGUGGGUGUGGGAGGUGUCCCGCCGGAUCUGGGUAUAAGAAGUGGAACCUCCUCCUCAGCUGUGUGUGUGUGUGUGUGUGUGUGUGUGUGUGUGUGUGUUUGGGGUUAUGGCUCUGUUCAUGGACUCCGAAUUUUCUUUACUCAAGCAGAACCAGCAGAAAGACAUGAUGGAUUUUAAAGCAUUCUUUGGAGAACAGGAUCACUGCUCCUCAUCCUCCUCCUCCGCCUCCGCCGCCGAGGGCCAGAGGAAGAGGAAGAGGACCAUCUUCAGCCGAGCGCAGCUGUCCGAGCUGGAGCAGGCCUUCGCUGUCACCCCGUACCCGGACAUCACCCUGCGGGAGCGGCUGGCCGCGCACACGCACCUGCCCGAGAGCAAGAUCCAGGUGUGGUUCCAAAACAGAAGAGCCAGAAGUAUCAAGACUGGCAGACUCCCCAAGUCCGCCAAGCCUGUCCUGGGGGCCAGAGGAGCCGUGGAGUCCUGCGCAGCAUCCAUGAGCCACGCUUUCCCCACGCCAGCCACCCUGCAAGACAUAUUCAGGCAAGAGCCAAGUCACCACGCCGAGGACGUGCCGCCGAUUUACUCCGACUGGAUCCAGCUCUACAGCAACCCCGCGGCGUCGCCACAGACCUCCUCAUCGCUCCAGUCCGCGCCGGGCCCCUCCAAAGGGUCCGAGCCCCGUCCUUGGGAGGAGGAGCGCCACCACGGGCAGCCGCACCGGGGGCCGGCACUCCCGGGUUUCCUCCCCGGCUCGUUCUCCCAGCCCAUCGCCAGGCAGCCUCACCACUCUGCCUCGCCGCGCUCCUAUCAGGCUUUCAGGAGCUUCAAGCCCCAGAGCUUUGUUCCGCCCGGGCCUCAUCAGGCUCCGUACGGAGGCGGAGGCGGAGGCGGAGGCGGAGGCCACACCUCCGUGGACCAGGUGGUCCCCUCUCACCCGCAGCAGGUGUACUGGGAGGUAGCGCAGGGCCAAGGACAUCACCACCAUCAUCACCACCACCAUCCACAAAUGGGACCGCAGACCUCCAUGGGAUACAUCUCCGACCUGAUCUACAACGCUGCCAUUGUCACUAACUUCCUUGAAUUCUGAUGAGCCUUGGGUGUGGGGGGCAUUGGCUGUGGACAUUUGUUUUUGUGUUGUUGUUGAAAAAUCCCAGCUCCCAUUUGUGUCACAACCCCGUGUGUUUCUUUUGUACAGCACUUGCUGUGCCGCAGUGUGUCCCGCGAUUUACAAGAGCCGAUUGUGCAUCAAACAUACAUGUGAUAUCUAAUAUAUGUUGAGUUUUUAUGUUGUUGUAAGCACGUCCUUUGUUUUCAGUAAUGUGCUGCAUAUUUUAGGAAAUAAAUGGAUUUUAUUUCACCCCGGACACGUGUGCAAUCUCCAAUUGUACCUGAAACUUUCUUGGAUUGUCCAAAAAAAUCCAUAUUUACCAUUUUGCGGAUACGAUGGAAAUAAGGAAUAUAGGAGAGAAUAACCUACAGUAGUAAUGUAAAGCAGCAGUACAGAAAAGGCGAAAAAUGCGAUACCCACCACUGUUCCAUGACCAAAUGGAACGUGUCUCCUCAGGUUCCAUGCAGAAUGAGAGGCCAGGAAAUGAGGACCAGCAGUU